GCACAUAACUUAAACACGCCGUAAUAAACACUUCAUGAGACAGAAAACAAAGAUGUGAUACUUUGACAAAAUACAGUAAUUUCAAUAGAAAUAAAUCCAGAAACGGAAAUGGCAGAUCGGCUAACUCAGCUGCAAGAUGCAGUUAAUCAAAUGGGAGAACAUUUUUGUAACAGUGUAGGAAUUUUACAGCAGUGUGCACCUCCUUCACCUUUCCAAGGCUUUGAUAAGCUGGGUGGAAAGUCACCAGUACCUCCACCCCCACAAGAAGACUAUGCUGCCAUGUUCUCUAAACUUAUUGCUAGAACAGCUAAAGACAUUGAUGUUCUAAUAGAUUCGUUACCAAGUGUUGAAUCUUCACAGGAAUUGCAACUGAAAAGUUUACAGGUGUUGGAAAUUGAAAACCAGGAGGCAGCAAAUAAAUUGGAGGAAAUUGUGAAACAAGGAGAAACUUUACUUCAACAAAUACAAGAAGCUCAACAUGACAUUGCCCAAGUGCAGUUACAGUGCCAGGCGUUAAUGGGAAACCCAACUUAGUACUAGGACAUAAUUGAGUUUUAAAGCUGUUCAUAGUGAACUAUUCAUAAUGAUCAACUCGGUAUACACUUGCUUGAUGGAUAAUAUCUUCAGAUUCACAGAAGCAUUUAAAACUGAGGGACCUGACAUUCUUUUAAAGACAUUCAACUUUAAAGGAAACACCAUUUUUGGCUCAACUGUAUACAUCUAGAUGUCUAAAUAAUUUUAAAAUACCAUUCUGCUGAACAAAAGUGACAGCUGAGUGACAGAUGAUGAUUAUGAUGAACUUUUAUUUUCAACAGCAUUGGUGCAUAAAAAUAUUUAUUAUGUGGUACUCUUGAAUAUCAAAGGUCUUAGAAGUAACCACGAUACUUUUUUAUGUAUGAUUUGUAUGCACACAUGUGUAGACUAUGAAUUAAAGUCCACUUUAAAAACUGG